AUGGUGUGGUGUGACCGCGGGGUCCAGAUGCUGCUGACCACGGUGGGAGCCUUCGCCGCCUUCAGCCUCAUGGCCAUCGCCAUCGGCACCGACUACUGGCUCUACUCCAGCGCCCACAUCUGCAACGGGACCAACCUCAGCAUGGAGGAGCCGCAGAGCCAGCCCCGCAAGGCGAAGGGGGACCUCACGCACUCCGGGCUCUGGCGGAUCUGCUGUCUGGAAGGAAUCUACAAAGGACAUUGCUUCCGAAUCAACCACUUCCCUGAGGACAAUGACUAUGACCAUGACAGCUCAGAAUAUCUUCUCCGUAUUGUCCGUGCCUCCAGUGUAUUCCCCAUCCUAAGCACAAUAUUGCUAUUACUGGGAGGACUCUGUGUCGGAGCAGGAAGGAUUUACAACAGUAAAAACAACAUUAUCCUCAGUGCUGGGAUUCUGUUUGUUGCAGCAGGACUAAGUAAUAUCAUAGGGAUCAUUGUCUAUAUAUCCAGCAAUGCAGGUGACCCAAGUGACAAGAGAGAUGAGGACAAAAAGAACCAUUACAACUACGGCUGGUCUUUUUACUUUGGAGCUUUGUCUUUUAUUGUGGCUGAAACCAUAGGAGUACUGGCAGUGAACAUUUACAUUGAGAAAAACAAAGAGUUGAGAUUUAAAACCAAGAGGGAAUUCCUUAAGACUUCUUCCUCUUCCCCUUAUGCCAGGAUGCCAAGCUAUCGGUACAGGAGGAGGAGAUCCAGAUCCAGCUCUCGAUCUACAGAGCCUUCUCCGUCUAGGGACGUUUCUCCAGUUGGCAUGAAGAUUGCCAGUUCCAUCCCUAUGAAUGAAAUUUCCAUGUACACUCUGUCCAGAGAGCCCUUGAAGGUUACAACUGCAGCCAGUUACAAUGCGGACCAAGAAGCCAGCUUUCUGCAGGUCCACAACUUUCUUCAGAAGGAAUUUAAAGAAGGACUCCACAUCAAUAUGGUUAACAGGAGAACGACACCUGUCUGA